ACUCAGACAAAAAACGCCCCGUCUCCGCAUUUCAGCAGCGGUGACAAGACGCUUCACAUGGAAGUAUGAGCGGAGAGACGCAUUCAACCGCUCGUCUGAGGCUUCUAAAGGUGGAAGCUGAAGAGAUGAAUCCUGAUGUUGCUCUCUUCACAUCUGUUCACCCAUGGAGUAAAAUCCCCAACACCACCCGUCUGAACCUCCCAGACUCUGACGCUUCUGCAUGGAUCUUGCCUCCACUCCUCGCGGCUCCAAACUGCUCCCGUCCCCCCUGUGAGAGAAUGUACCCCUGCGAACCCGACCCCUCCCCGGGCCCCCAGCACCCGGAGGCCCAGCUGGACUUCUUCCACAAGCUCGGGUACUCCACGGCUCAGGUUCUGGCCGUUCGGCAGAUGUUCGGCCCCAACAUGGACACAGAUAAACUCCUGGGGGAGCUGGUGAGGAUCGGAGCCAGCCGGGAGGCCGGCCGGGGGGCCGAGCAGGGGCCCGUGACCACGAUGUCGGUGUUGGUGCCCAGAGGGGACUUCCAGGCUGUGGGCCCCACCAUGCAGCUGCCUCUUACCAUGUCGUCUCCUCAGAGCAGAGAGGAGGGCAGCGAGGAUGACGACGCUCUGAGACCCGUUGUUAUAGAUGGAAGCAACGUGGCCAUGAGCCACGGGAACAAGGACGUUUUCUCUUGUCUGGGAAUCCAGCUGGCAGUGAACUUCUUCGUGGACAGAGGCCACAGUGAAAUCACCGUGUUCGUUCCCUCGUGGAGGAAGGAGCAGCCCCGGCCAGAUGUUCCCAUUACAGAUCAGCACAUUCUGCGAGACCUGGAGAGGAGCAAGAUACUUGUGUUCACACCGUCGAGACGCGUCGCGGGCAAAAGGGUGGUCUGUAAUGACGACUGCUUCAUCGUCAAGCUGGGCUACGAGUCUGACGGCAUCAUCGUGUCCAACGACAUGUACCGGGACCUGCAGGGAGAGAAGCCGGAGUGGAAACGCUUCAUCGAGGAGAGACUGCUCAUGUACUCCUUCGUCAAUAACAAGUUUAUGCCUCCUGAUGAUCCUCUGGGCCGCCACGGACCGACCCUGGAGAACUUCCUGCGGAGGUUUCCAAAGGCUAUGAAAAAACAGCCAUGUCCUUAUGGAAAGAAAUGUACUUUCGGAAUCAAAUGUAAAUUCCACCAUCCUGAGCGAGCCAAACAAUCCAACCGCUUGGUUGCCGAUGAGCUUCGGGAGAACGCCAAGCACCCGUCUACCCCUCAGAAACAAUCCUCAGCUCGCUCCAGUCCCGUUCCUGGACAGAGCCUCUCGCUGCUGGAGGACAUGGCAAAGAAACUGACUCUGGGACAUGAGAGCAGCUCCUUAAAGAGAGACCAUAAACACGAACAGUUGAAGGCCAGUCACCGAUCCAGCAAGAAGGCCACACCUAGAAAGGAGAAGAACAGCCAGAGCCCGUCUUCCGACCACGGUUCAGGACGGCAGAGUGGCUCUCAGGAGCAGCUGGACUCUGGUUUAGGCUCCAUAGACAGUCAGCCAACGGAGGCUCCUUGGAGUGUGUGUGAUCACCAGUAUGGGGCGAUGUACUGGAGCUCCCAGCACACCCACAGUGUGAGACAACAGUACUGCCCUCCGUGCAGCUGCUGCUCACAUGGCCCUUCCUCUCGGGGGACCACGCCAGCUUUCCAGCACCCCAACCAGCGUUACAGCCUUGGGCAUGUCAGCAGCCACAACUCUGAUAUGAUUCCCUACCCGCCUCAUUACGCCAGCUACGGCGCAUACCCAGUCGGCGUGUCUGCAUACAGUCAGCCGACUGAUUUCCAGCACAGCAGAGUCCACGGCCACCACCAGCAGCAGCAGCGGCAGCACUGGUCCGAUCCGUUUGGGGCUCACCCACCGGGGGUCCGCAGCCUGCCGGGGGAGCGCUCUCAAUGGGAGCCUCCUCCGGGUACGAGUCCCGGCGGUGAGGAGAGAGAGGUCGUCCGGAAGAAGCUCCUCGCUAUCUUCAGCGUCCACUUGGUGGACGCAGCCAUGGACACGUUUCCUCAGGUGAUGGAUCCACAGAUGCUGGUCGCUGAGAUCCUCAAGCUGCAGAGUCAGAACAGGUCGCAGAGAUGAGACGACGUCCAGCGGCCGGUCUGAAACCACGUCUUUCAGUGGAAAGACUCAAAAAGAUAAACAUGAGUUUGUGUAUUUAUGUAUUGUGGUAUCCACCUUGCUGUAUUUGAGUGCCUUAUUUUAAACUAUGUUGCAUUGUAAGUUGCCUCGGUGAUGAAAUGAGAGGAGACGUAUGUAGUUGAUACAAAUUGUAUCUUUAUUUAAAAAUGUAAAAGGGAAUAAAAGGGUAACACUCUGUUACUCUUAUGGUACACUCAGAAUCCACGCUACUGGGUACACCUGUACAGUCUAAUGCAUUCCAGUGUAACUGUUCUGCCAUCAACUCUACUUUUAUUGUGCCUGUAAUGUCUUUUUGUGUCAUAUUGGCACCGUGCAAGUUUAUGCUUUUACUGCCAUGAUAAGUUAUUGUUUGUGAUUAUUAGGGGCAAUACUUUCCAUAAAAAAAGAAUUAAUCUCACAGAAAAUGAGAUUUAACACUGGUUUUAUAAUGCUUUAUAUUCCCAGUUUUGUUUAGUUUGUGUAUGUUUGCGUUUGUAGAAUUAGAGGUGUAUUUUUUUUCUGUGACCUAAAUGAUGCUCUCUGAGAUCAGACCCAAGAUAAAACUACAACUGUCUGAGCUUUAUUGGACAAAAACGUGUUUAAUUUAUGAUGACAUUUGUUUUAUACUUUAAGGCAAAUUGAGCAACAAACAUGUUGAGCAAUAAACAUU